UAUUACUCUAUCAGUAAAACAGCACAUAUGUCAUGCGGUUUUAGGAUUUAGCUGCUAGACGUCGCAUCUAUUGGGACUGUUUCACCGACGGAUCUAAAUCGUGUGCGCUCGCAUAUUUUUUGUUUAUAUCUUUUUUGUCUUUGUGUUUUAGAUUUUCCUACGAUUAUACAUUAUGAAUGCCAUAUAUAGCUAUAACUAAAGCUGAGAUUUUUUUUACAGUUCCGCGGUUCAAUAUUCGCGGUCUCGUUUUAUGUAUCUUUAGCGUCAAAACGGCGAUUUUUAAUUGAAUGCAUCCAAAGAGAUAAAAAUUGUAUAUUAUUUAAUCAGCUGCGCUCGUCCCCUCUCGCGCAGUGCAAAGCAUGCAGAGUUUCGUCUCGCUCGCUCGAUGCACAAGCGUCACACAUACAUAUAUAGGAGGAAUGUUAAAUAGUGUAAAAUCGCAGGAUAGAGAAUGCAGUUGUAAACCCCGCGCGCGCGCUCUGUGUAACGACAUAUAAAUCUUAUGUUUUUUUUUAUACUCUUCCGUGAUAGAUUCGACGGCCCAGAGUCUGCACAUCAAAGACCACCUAUUAUUUCAUUACGUAGAUUUUUUUUCCACUGAUGAUACAAACUCCACAAACGAAAGAAACAAAAAAUAGCAAUUUUUUAUCCAAAGGAGUCGGCACUUAAACGCCAUAUUAUAUUCAGAAUUUUUGCAAAAUGACGCAUAUUUAGUGAAUAUAUAGUUCAUCGUGUUGUAUCAACUGGAAUAAUAAAAAAUGUUGCGAUCAUUAACACCGGAUGUCCGCAGCAAAAAUUCCAAAACAAUCCUGCAUUAUCGGUUUUUAUAACUCCGGCAACUCAAUUACUAUAUAUAUACUAGCAACGUUAUUUCAAACCUCAAAAUCAGAUAUUUCAUUUUUACGAAAUGUACAAAUUUACGAAAAAUAGAAUAAAAAUAGGCAACUGAAACUACUCAAAAUUUGUGCAGUUACGAGGAUCCAGGACAAAUAUUUUUAAAUGUCAUUUUACAGUGCAGUUCUUUGCGUCGUCUCUGAAUUAUGAAUUCGUUGAGAAAAUAUGUAGUCACGUGUUGUGGAAUUAAUUCAUCGUGAUGCCAAAUGAAAACAAUGAAAAAUAAAAUGCCACCGUUCAGAAGGAAAAAAUCAGGAAAGUCAUUUCCUGUCAAGGUUUGCACUUUGGAUGCAGAGCUUGAAUUUAAUUUAGAGUGGAGAGCAACGGGGAGAGAUUUGUUUGAUCUAGUUUGUCGUACUAUUGGCUUACGGGAAACUUGGUAUUUUGGACUUCAGUAUGAAGACUCUAAAGGAUUCAUUUCAUGGCUCAAAUUGGACAAAAAAGUUCAGGACCAAGGAAUUUCUCAACAGCCAACAACCCCUUUCAUGUUCUUGGCAAAGUUUUAUCCUGAGGACGUAGCAGAAGAAUUGGUUCAAGAAGUGACGCAACAUUUAUUUUUUCUACAAGUUAAACAAGCCAUUCUCUCCAUGGAUAUAUAUUGCCCUCCAGAGGCAUCCGUUCUAUUGGCAUCUUAUGCGGUUCAAGCAAAGUACGGUGACUAUGACGAAGUCUCAUAUCGUCCUGGAAUGUUGGCAAGUGAAGAUUUAUUACCUCAGAGAGUGAUCGACCAGUAUCAAAUGACUCCGGAGAUGUGGGAGGACAGGAUAAAAAUUUGGUAUGCAGAUCAUCGUGGUAUGUCACGAGACGAAGCAGAGAUGGAGUAUCUUAAAAUUGCCCAAGACCUUGACAUGUACGGUGUCAAUUAUUUUCCUAUAAGUAAUAAAAAGGAGACUGACCUUUGGCUUGGUGUAACAGCGCUAGGCUUGAAUAUCUAUGAGAAAGAAAACAAACUGGCUCCGAAAACGACAUUCACGUGGUCGGAAAUUCGACACAUUAGCUUCGACGACAAAAAAUUUGUUAUCAAACCAGUGGAAAAAUCAUCUCCCAAUUUCAUUUUUUUCUCGCAAAAAGUUCGCAUGAACAAACUGAUUUUAGAUUUGUGUAUUGGUAAUCAUGAUUUGUUCAUGAGACGGAGAAAACCUGAUUCUAUGGAGGUUCAACAAAUGAAAGCUCAGGCGAAGGAAGAAAAAUCCAGGAGACAAAUAGAGCGGAAUAAAUUAGCUAGAGAAAAACAAUUGCGAGAAGCAGCUGAGAGAGAAAAGGCUGCCAUGGAGCAGCGUUUGUUGCAAUACCAGGAAGAAAUUCGAUUAGCUAACGAAGCUCUGAGGAGAUCUGAAGAAACUGCGGAUCUUCUAGCAGAGAAGAGUCGUGUAGCCGAGGAAGAAGCAAUGCUCCUGAGUCAAAAAGCUUCCGAAGCCGAGCAAGAAAUAACGCGAAUAAGAUUGAACAAUAUGAAAACGGAGGAAGAAAAAGUUCAUCUAGAGCGUAAGACACGCGAAGCAGAAUUGUUAACAGAGCGAUUGGUGCAGGAGUCGGAGAGGCGCGCUGCCGAAGCAGAAAAACUCAAGGACGAAUUGCUGCGCGCUCGCAUAGCCGAGAAAGAGGCCAAGGAAAAACUCCUCGAAUUUCUCAGCAGGAACGCUUACACAGCUGCCAUAACACCCGUACCGAACCUGUUCCCGUCGACGCAGGUUCUUCCUUCUGACCUGCAGGCAGAUUUGCAAACUCUCCAAUUGGACGCGGAACCUCUAGCCUCGGAUUUAACUUCUUACGACCUCAUUGCGGACGGUGACGUGGAUCAAUUGUCAUUGGAGAUCGAGAAAGAACGGGUGGAUUAUUGGGAAAAAAGCAAACAUCUGCAGGAACAAUUGAGGGAAUUACGUUCGGAAAUCGAGGUGAUGAAAGUCGGGGAAAAACAAUGCGAACUCGAUCAAUUACACGAGGAGCAAGUACGAAUGGGUGAAAACAAGUACAGUACAUUGAAGAAAGUCAAAUCCGGCUCUACCAAAGCACGAGUUGCGUUCUUCGAAGAAUUGUGAAUAUAUCGAGCUCUUGGAGUCCUUCGAAUAAUUCCCUUUUUUUUUAUAUAUAUAUGUGAACAUGCAAACUGAUUCUUAUGCCGGAACAAUGAGACUUCCAUCACGGAACAACUUUCCGAAAAACUGUACAUAUUCUCAAAUACGAAAAAUCGAACAAAAACGGAGAAAAAACUUUUUUUCCCCGUUAAAAUUUCAAUUACCUCGAAGCGUGUACCGUUUCGAAUGUAACAUAUUUAUCGUCUGAUACUCUUAGAGUUUUUAUAGCUGAUUCAAACUGCGUAAAAUCGUCCAUCUUUUUUAGGACUUUUUCACGAAGUAAUGAAAAAAUACUGACAAUUUUCAAAUCAGAAAAUUAAAAUUAUGAAGAGAAACUUUUGUUGCUUAGAACUAUUCAAACUCAAAUACAAUUUCAUCCCAGGCAACGAUUUGUAGUUUAAGGUCGUCUGUACAAUGUGUACUAGUCGAAAAAGAGCUACAUUUUUCAAAUAGUUUUACGAAUUUUCGUCGAACGAAGGUGGUUAGGUCACGAGGGCACGUACAAAGAUCUAAAAAACUUGCUUCCUGUUCAAAGCUCUAAGAAAAGAUAAUUGAAUGGAUGAACAAAAUGUUGAAAGAUUUCACAAUCCAAUGAUAAUGUGAUUUUAAAGAAAAGUUAUUCAUAUUUCCUAAACUUGAAAAACAUGGUGCAAGUUUGUACAAGCUAAUUUGAUGAAUUUCAGUCAUUUGAAACAUUGUUUAAGCCGGUGCCUGUUCCUGCAACUAAUUUCGGAGGACAAAUGAGUUUUUUUUUUUGUUAGAACCCUCGUCGAUUAACAGUAUUAGCACCGAAAGCAAUUUAGUUGUUAUAAAUCGCCGUUGUCCGUACAACUCCGUUAAUUGUGUUGUGCUGGACUACCUUCAUCUCCAUAAUCAUCGUCAAUAUUUCGUGCUACGCACAGGAGUUCUCGGGAUAAACAAAAAAAAUUUUUCACAAUUUACGAGCGAGAUAAUUUAUGAAAAUAUCUUGUUUUAUACAGGACCAAUAUACAUGACAAAUGAUGGUCAAUAUAUUUUUUUAAAUUGUAAUAAGAAAGUGCAUAAACAUCAUUAUCCUGACGCCAAAUUGUACGUUUAACACCCGCCCCAGCUGAUGAUGAAAAAAUAACGAAUUGGUCUUGGUUUUCAAUAUCGACCACGACAGAACCGUUACGAUUCAUCUGAGAUUGCCAUAUCGAAUAUAAUGUUUCAAUCCCAUCGUUCCUCCGAUUGGGAUCGUAGAUUUAUUUUUCGAUCGAUAGAUAUAGAUAUAUAUUGUUGACGACGAAUGCGCGUAUGAGAAUGUAAUUCAUUUAAUAUCGCACGUAUGAUUCUCGUGUAAUGUAAUAAUCAACGACAAAGUGCCUUAUUUUUAAGUGCUUAUGCAUCAUAAAUGACGCCGAAAAUAAGGAAUAUCAAUUGUUACGCUUUUUAAAGGAAGUAUGAAAAAACUACAAAAACAGAACGAAAGUAAAAAAGAAGUUUUCAAAUAUUUUACUGCGCCUCAUAUUUUUGACAAUAACCAAUAUGCGUUUUUUCGAAUCACAAAAAUUCACAUAAUUCAAUACGUCGAACUGUGUACGAGCCGAAAGAAAAUGAAAGGAAUAAAUGUAGUAAUAUUUUA